AUGGGUGCUAGUUGGACACAGAGCUGGAAGGAGGAGUUCAAAGUUCACAAACUCCACCUUCUCACCUCUAAACCAGAGCUUCUUCUUCAGCCACGGUGGGAUAUUCCUCCAUUGUUGUGGCUUCUGUACAGAUGUUUUAUGCUGCUCUACACCUUCAGCUGGUUUAUCUACACGGCUCUUCUCUUCAACACACCUAAAUCUAGCCAUAUCUCAUACUGUCUUAUGGUUAUCUACUAUGUGGUUUCUCUCUGUAAUCUGGCCUGGGCUUUCUUGGAAAUCAGAUGCUCCUCUCACAGAAUGAAAAGAGGUGUCAGUAGUGAAUGUGAGACCCUCCUUUCUCUUCCCGUCCCUCUCACCGCUGCUCUCUGUCUGCAGUGGCUCCUGCAUUCUCUAAUGGGCUGUUUUUCAUUAACUGUCUCCUUUCUAUACUGGACCAUAAUCCACCCCUUUGACCAGCACUCCUUCACAGCCUUCAACAUCAACAUCCAUGUUAUCAACAGCAUCCAGACCGCCGUGGAUCUGUUGUUGUCCUCCACACCCGUUCAUCUCACCCACUUCUUCUACGCUGUACUGGCCGGAGCCCUUUAUGUCAUAUUUGCUGUUGUUUAUUGGCUAAUGGCCGGCACAAACAUGUUUGGUCAACCCUACAUCUACAGCAUUCUUGAUUUCAGUGGGCACCCCCUAGUGGCAACACUUUGCAUUCUGGGAGUUUGUCUGCUUUGUUUACCAUCCUGUCACUUUGUGCUGUGGAACCUGCAGUUAUUGAGGGAGUGGAUGGUGAGCAGAGAGAAAGCGAGGAGAAUUGCUUUAAGGAGGGAGGUUUGGUGGUGUGUGAAGGUGUCUGGAGGAACAACCUUUGACCUUGUGCCUUCACUGGAUCCAGCAGCCUCUGUGUUUGAGACAAGCAGGAGGACAGCCAUGAUGAAGGACCAACAGUCACAGUCACUCACUCUUGUUUGA